GUCUUGACUUCCAUUUCUUGCUUUUGAUCGCAAAGUGCGUACAAACCUUUUCGAGAGAGGAUGCAUUGCACAACGCUGUUGCUUGUUGUACUAGUAGUAGGUGCAACAAGUUGUAAAAUUCCCAAAAGUUAUAAACCACUUUGUGGGGUUAACGGGAUUUCCUACACGAAUCUGAAGGCUUUACAGUGCCAUAAUAAGGCUAGCCCUGGAAACAUGAUUCGAAUAGCUUAUAAAGGACGCUGUCUUCGACCUGACAUUCGUGAAUGUAACUAUUCUUCAGUCGUGAAAAAUGUCUGCGGCAACGACGGGCUUACCUAUCUGAAUCCCGCAAUGGUUGCAUGCAAGAACAAAUUACAGCCUAAAAAACAGGUGAAGAUUAUUAGCAAGGGCAAAUGUAAAAGUAAAACAAACGCUCGAAGAAGAAAAGUGCCAAAUAAAACAGUGAGACCCGGAAACGUCACGGGACCAAAGCAGAAAUAGGAUUACUCCCCCAAAACCUCACUGCGUUCGUUAUAACUUGUAUCAUGCCAAAUUAGACUCUAAACUCUCAAAGUCAAUAUAUGUCAAUAAACAUGACCAACUUCUGUUUAAAAUAAACGGUUGGGUUCUGACAAGA